GAAAAUGGGACAGUAUUUCGGUAUUUUUUUGAUGGUCACACUGGUGGACAACAAAAUAACAAAUUUCGGAAUAAUUAGAUUGAAAAGUGAAUAGAAAACAACAAAAAUAGUGCAGUAAACAGAAGCAGACGACGCUAAAAUGGUUUACAUUCACUUUCCUAACAAUCUAACUGAGGAGGAGCAGAUGCUUCAGGCAAAAUAUCAGAAGCUCAAGAAGAAGAAAAAGGCACUCCAGGCUCAUAAAGCACCCAAGCCGGAGCCGGAGAGUUCGUUGACGCUAAAACGACCCACGGAUGCGCGCGAUGCACGCGAGGUGGCCCGCAAGCUGAUCAAGAGCGGCGCCAUUCCAGCGAUCCAGAAACAGCAAACAAAGCAGGAUCAAACGUCGUUCAAGCGUCCAAAAGGUCAGGAGCGUGCGAAACGCUCCACAUCGGAGACCACUGUGGCGUCCUACCAGCCAUUCUCCUCAACUCAAAACGAUGUGGCCCAGGAGACCAUUAUCAGCGAGAUUAUAAAGGAGGAGCCACGGCGCCAGAACUUGUAUCAGCAUUUUGCCACUGAGCGUGACCGUGAAGAACGCGUCAUGGCUGAGAAGGCAGCUGCUAUUGAUACGCCGCCACCGGAGAAGCCACGCGCUGGCAAUACCAUAUUUGUGUCGGGCAACAAGGUAACCGAAGAUUUCCUGAAGAAAACCUUCAACGAUUAUGGCACAAUUGUGAAUGUGUCAAUGGAGAUUGAAAAAAGCCGCGGCUUUGUCUCCUUUGCCAAACCAGAGUCGGCAGAUCGCGCCAUAGCCGAGAUGCAUGGCAAGAACGUCACUGGCAUUGUGCUGCAGGUGCAACUGGCUCGACGCCAGCCGCAAAUCGAACCCAUCAACGAUGCCUCCUCAUCCGCAGUCUGGUCGUCCAUUGCCGCCAGCAAAUCGCAAAAAGGAAGCCACAAAGAUCAUCGUGAAAUGGUUAAAUACAAUGAUGAUUUCUUGCUCUAAGUCGGAAUAUAUCUUUAUCGAAUAACAAACCAAAAGCACCACCACUUA